CCAUCCCGCACAACCAUGAUCUUUGCAACCUUUCCCCCUGCGGAGCGGCUGCUGCCCCCUAAGGAGCUGCUAGGAGCGUCCCAGUCCCUUCCCCCACAGGCCAGGCAGUGGAACGCGCCCCGCCACCGCGGUGCCUCAGGGCAUGCUGGGAAGGGGCCGCUUCGGCGAAGCCGCCAUGUUGGAUUUAAAGGGGCGGCCCUGGCGCCGGCACCUGGUCGGCUAAGGGAGGCACUUUCAGUCCGCGGGCGCCGGUGGCGGCAGCUGCGAGGGGAGAGCCAAGCCGGAGGCGGCAGGCGGGGCCGGCUCUGCAACUCUGUCCUGGCAGCAUCACCCCCUCUGUCCUGCCUGGGCCUGCGCAGCCCUGCCUUACCUGCAAGGUGUCUGUGUGGGGAAAAAAAAGCUAUGUCCACCAUGGUGUAUCCAAGGGAGGAGAAGCUGGACAAAUUGAGCCAGGAGGAGAUAAUAUCCAACACCAAGCUGGUGAUUCAGGGGCUGGAGGCCCUCAAGAAUGAGCACAAUUCCAUCCUACACAGCCUGCUAGAAACCAUCAAGUGUCUGAAGAAGGAUGAGGAGGCCAACCUAGUGCAUGAGAAAUCCAACCUGCUCCGCAAGUCGGUGGAAAUGAUUGAGCUGGGACUUGGGGAGGCUCAGGUGAUGAUGGCUCUGUCCAACCACCUGAAUGCUGUGGAAUCGGAAAAGCAGAAACUGCGUGCUCAGGUACGGAGAUUGUGCCAGGAGAACCAGUGGCUGCGGGAUGAACUGGCCAACACCCAGCAGAAGCUGCAGCGCAGUGAGCAGACUGUGGCCCAGCUAGAAGAGGAGAAGAAGCACCUGGAGUUCAUGAACCAGUUGAAGAAAUAUGAUGAGGAUGUCUCCCCUUCGGAGGAGAAAGAAGGUGACUCUACCAAGGACUCUCUAGAUGAUCUGUUCCCCAAUGAGGAGGAGGAGCACGGCCCAGGAUUGCCCCACCAGCACAGCAGUGCAGCAGCAGCGGCUCAGCAGGGUGGUUAUGAGAUCCCGGCACGCCUACGUACCCUCCACAACCUAGUGAUCCAGUAUGCCUCACAGGGGCGUUAUGAGGUGGCUGUGCCACUCUGCAAGCAGGCACUGGAAGAUCUAGAGAAGACUUCAGGCCAUGAUCAUCCGGAUGUGGCUACCAUGCUCAACAUCCUGGCACUUGUAUACAGGGAUCAGAAUAAAUACAAAGAGGCAGCUCACUUGCUGAAUGAUGCACUCUCUAUUCGUGAGAAGACCCUGGGCAAAGACCACCCUGCAGUAGCAGCAACACUGAACAACCUGGCUGUUCUCUAUGGCAAAAGAGGGAAAUACAAGGAGGCAGAGCCACUGUGCAAACGAGCCCUAGAGAUCCGUGAGAAGGUCCUAGGCAAAGACCACCCGGAUGUGGCCAAGCAGCUGAAUAACUUGGCGCUGCUGUGCCAGAAUCAGGGCAAGUAUGAGGAGGUUGAGUACUACUACUGCCGGGCAUUGGAGAUCUACGAGAGUCGCCUGGGCCCUGAUGACCCAAAUGUGGCCAAAACCAAGAACAACCUGGCCUCCUGCUACCUUAAACAAGGCAAGUACAAGGAAGCUGAGGUGCUGUACAAAGAGAUCCUCACUCGUGCCCAUGUGAAGGAGUUUGGCUCUGUAGAUGAUGAGCACAAGCCGAUCUGGAUGCAUGCAGAGGAGAGGGAGGAGAUGAGCAAGAGUAAACACCGAGAUAGUGCCCCUUAUGCUGAGUACGGUGGCUGGUACAAAGCUUGCAAGGUCAGCAGCCCAACAGUGAACACUACCUUGCGGAACCUGGGAGCAUUGUACAGGCGUCAGGGCAAGAUGGAGGCAGCAGAGACACUGGAGGAGUGUGCGAUGCGGUCCCGGCGACAGGGCAUUGAUCCCAUUAACCAGACCAAGGUGGUGGAGAUUCUGAAGGAGGGAGAUGGUGCUGAGAGGAGGAGGAGCCGUGACAGCCUGGUGGGAAAUGUCAAGUAUGAGAAUGCCGCAGACGGUAGCGAGGAAGUGAGUAUGGGCGUGGAGUGGAGUGGGGCUUAAAUGCCUCCCGAGACUCCCUCUUUCCCCUCCACUACAAUCACCUGGAUGUAUGUGUUGUACCUUCCGACUUUUCCUCCACACCAUCCCUUCUUCCACCGCUCCUGCUUUCCUCGGCAAGGACUCCACGCCAGUCCCCAACCUUCCCAGCGCGCGAGGGGCACCACAGCACCUGCAGAGGAAUGCCCGACUGCAUGGGGCUCAGCUACAGUUCUCUCCACCAGCAAGAAAGCAGGAAGAAUUCACGUGGAAUUGCCUGCUCCCCUGGCCAGGGUUGGGCUAUUCCAGGGACUGGGAGGAUUCCACUCGCUCCCACCUCUUGGGUCCUGUCCUUAUUGAGGCCUGGAUGAAAGGUCCUGCUGAUGGAAAGCAUCCCUACUCUGUGUGCAACACACACACCCAUGGACGUGCAUCUUCCCAACCCUUCCCAGACAGCUUUCUUCUCCCUCCCUAGAAGUCAGGGAAGAAGGAGGUGCAGGCAGUGUCUCAGUCCAUAUAGGUCUCUACUGUGCUGUGUGUAGUUCCAUUUCCAGGCCCCUGCCGUGCCCCCCCCCCACCCCCCCCCGCUGUGUUUUGGAACUAGAAUGACCCUUAGUGUGCCUGUAUCAAUGGCUGGCCCUUCCCCCAGCGCCAGAUUUGGCCAAAAGCACAUGUGAGCUAAGUGGGUUGUGGCAGUAGCUUUGGCCUACCCACUCCCCUACACCUGGGCUUUGGUGGCCCCAUUGCCAUGCAGGAGGGAAAUAUGGGGCUUCUUGACCAGAUACAAGGAUUGAAGCAGGUGGCAAGGCAGAGGGCUGUCUGUGGGGAGGAAUCACUGUGCAAGCAGUGAGGAUUGAACCCCCUCUUGCAGUAUGCCUCCAGAAUAGGUUUGGGGCAGCAGCUAAAUGGCGCAAGCUGGGACAGGGAGAUGUCUUUAGGAACAGGAACUGAUACGUGGUAAGGAGUGCUUCCAUCUGCAGCUCAUUCAGCCCUGGCCAUUUUGCUGAGGCUAUAGGCUGGAAGAGUCUAGCUUGUGCCCUCUCAGGACUCCUGGAAUUCUAAAUUUGGAUAUACCCAAAGGCUAAGCAUAUCUAAGAAAACAGUUCUGAAUUGCCAGAUUUCCCCAAAAGCUCCUUGCAGGCAUGAGGAGGGGCAAGAAGCAGUGUAGUCUUCCACUCCAGGAGUAGCAGUCAAGGAGUGGGGGUAGAGGGCAGUCAUGCAGCCUUCUCGGCAGAGGGAGGCAAGAGAUGGGCAACAGCUAGGGCUCUCAAGAAAUGGCAGCAGCCAAGGAAUGGGGAUACUUGCUCUACAGGUGACUGCAGGGGCAAGUGCUCUUGCUCCAGUUGGUACCUCUUAUUUUGGGGAGGGGUGAAUUGUGGGUAGGAGCAGUUUGGAGAGAGUUUGCAGCUAAGGUAGGUAGGUCCUAGAGGAACAUGGGGGGGAAGGAGGGUCCGGGCUGGGCCUGGGGUGUGCUUCUAUCACGGUGGGGGACAUCAAGCUGGGGUUUCUUGGGCAAGGAAACAUCUUCUGGGCAGAAGGAGAGAGCCUGUUUCUGAGGGGUGGGGUGGGAGUGACACAGAGCACCUGCUGCUUUUGCCCUUCCUAGCUUGUGUCCUGAGACCAUGCUUGGCUGCAGUGGCUUUUUGCUGGGAACUGCCUGUCCUAAGUCAGUUUCUUAACACUUAGGAGGAGGCUGUGUGUGUGUGUGUUGAGGGGGGUGGCGGGGUAGAGUGGCUGUCAUAUGCCCCUCUGUCUGUCUUUCACUCAGAUGUGGCAUUGACCAGGUUGGAUGCUCCCUGCUGUGGAGAAAGGGCCAGGUGCUGAGGCUGGGUUUGUCUGAGAUCUGGGCUGAUACCAAUAACUCCUUUCAUGCAGCAGUUUGAGCAGCAUGAUGGAUUGGUUCUGCUAGUGGGAUGGGGCUGGUGAUCAGAAGAAAUCUAGUGCUUCAGGCCCCUGUCAGCAGGCAGACAGUAGGCCCAGGCAGUUUCCAGAAGUCCUAGGACUAGCUGGAAAAGCGGGAGACAGAUGCAAAGUGCUGUUGGCUCCUUACCAUUUUGUGCCAUGUUAUUUAGGAUUUUCUUUAAAGCCCCAGCUCCUGGAGUCGGGUAACCAGGUGUAGUUUCUAGCUGUUGUGACUGGGAAGUAAAAUCUGGCAGUUGCCCUGGGUGCAGCUUACUUGAUCAAACUCAGAAGACAAUGAAAAAGAAACCCAUUCCUUCCAUAUAUUUUAAUAUACAUGAUUUUGAUUGCCUUGGGUGGGUGGAGGCAGAUGUGUCUGUAUCUGUGACUCUGGCUCCUUUUGGACCCUACACCCCGCUCUCCUUGUGCAGUGACCCAGGGCCCCUGCACUGUGAGCCUUGGGAACUUUGACCUGUAACUUUAAGCACGUGCAAUGCUGGGCAUGACGUUAGGAUCCAUUUGUGAGCCCUUAUGGGGAGAAGCAUGGCAAGAAGAGUAUUUGUCCUAGGGCUCAGAGACCUAGUUAGGGGGUGCCUAGUAAGAGAGCAAUCCAUUUUGCCAUUGGGCUUGAAAGAAGAGGGUGAGUAUUAAUGUACCUUCCAAGAAUCCAUAACCUGCCUGCGGCCCCUCUGAGCCCUGAUGUCAAGUUGAAUGAGGGUACAGUGGGGUAUUCUCUUUUUAGCUUGUUGUACAAGGACCUGGAGGUUGAGUAAUGCCACAAGCCUAGAAGCUGCUGCUGCUUCCGUGCUGUAUCUGUACAGGGCAUUUUCAUGGAAGGAAAGAGGUAGCCAUCAGGCUAGUGCCCACUCUUUAACAUGCUGCUGCCCCAAGUGAGAACUGUGCCAGGACACUAUGAAGAAACCUCUGGAGGGGCUCUUUGGCUGUUGCUUAAAGCUCUCUAAAGAGGCACUGGGAGCAAGCCCCUGCCCUUGCCCCUGCUUCUCUCUCUCUCCUGUUGGUGCCUGGGGCCUGUGUGUGACUCUGCCCUCCGCCUGGUGCUGGGUUAUUCAGAGGCUGCCUUACAGCAGUGGGAGUGGGGAUCAUCUCUGCCAUGGCACUUCUGCAUUUGGACCUGGGGCUUCUCAUUGAUGUUGUGAACUAAUUUACCUCUGAUUAAAGGCAGACAGACCUGAA